AUGAUCCCGGGGCACGGGCCGGUGAUCCAGUCGGUGCUGGGGACCUUCCUGACCUGGGGGCUGACAGCAGCUGGCUCGGCGCUGGUGUUUGUGUUUUCCAGCGGGCAGAGGCGGAUCCUAGAUGGGAGCUUAGGCUUUGCUGCGGGGGUCAUGCUGGCAGCUUCCUACUGGUCCCUCCUGGCCCCAGCUAUCGACAUGGCUGAGGAGUCCGGCAGCUUUGGAGCCUUCGCUUUCUUCCCAGUGGCCGUGGGCUUUGCACUGGGAGCAGCAUUCGUGUACUUCGCCGACCUGCUCAUCCCGGCGCUGGGUUUCAGCGGACCCCCCCACGCUGCCUUUGCCUUGAGCUGCGACCAACGAGCGGCGAAAGAAAAAUAUGAGCAUGAAUCUGCCCAUCAGCUGGACUACGAGAGCGAGUUGUCCAUCCGGAUAGGUAGAGCUGGGCUCCAUCCAGACAAAGGUGAGAACGGGGAGCCCUAUCAGCGGAGGAAGGGUGCGGGGGCCAGCCUGCCAGACACCCCCCCGGCGUUCCCUGUGCCCAGGGACGGUGCCCCGACGGCCAGCAGCAGCAGCUGGAGGCGGAUUCUGCUGAUGAUCCUCGCUAUAACCAUCCACAACAUCCCAGAGGGUCUGGCAGUGGGAGUUGGAUUCGGGGCUGUUGGAAAAUCAGCAUCUGCGACCUUCCAAAGCGCCAGGUAA